GUGCUUUCCAGCCCGGAGCUGUCAGGCCGAGUGUCAGGCCAGGCAGGUACGCGGCGCACUCCUCCCGGCCCCCAGCCCCCUGCCAGGCCGCGGGGACCAAGCCCGAGGCCUCGUGGACCGAAAAGCCGCUCGGAAAAGCUUGCUCGAGGCCCAGCCUAGCCCCUGGACACCUCUACCAUGUCGGACAGUGAUCUGGGUGAGGAUGAAGGUCUCCUCUCCCUGGCAGGCAAGAGGAAGCGGAGAGGGAACCUGCCCAAGGAGUCCGUGAAGAUCCUUCGGGACUGGCUGUACUUGCACCGCUACAACGCCUACCCCUCAGAGCAGGAGAAGCUAAGCCUUUCUGGACAGACGAACUUGUCGGUGCUGCAGAUUUGUAACUGGUUCAUCAAUGCCCGUCGGCGGCUUCUCCCAGACAUGCUUCGGAAGGAUGGCAAAGACCCUAACCAGUUCACCAUUUCUCGUCGUGGGGGUAAGGCGUCAGAUGUGGCUCUUCCCCGGGGCACCAGCCCUUCAGUGAUGGCUGUGUCUGUUCCAGCUGCCACCAAUGUGCUUUCCCUGUCUGUGUGCUCAAUGCCACUUCACCCAGGUCAGAGUGAGAAGCCAACAGCCGCCUUCCCACAGGGGGAACUGGAGCCCCCCAAGUCCUUGGUGACCCCUGGUAGCACACUCACUCUGCUCACCAGGGCUGAGGCUGGAAGCCCCACAGGUGGACUCUUCAACACGCCGCCACCCACACCUCCAGAGCAGGACAAGGAGGACUUCAGCAGCUUCCAGCUCCUGGUGGAGGUGGCACUACAGAGGGCUGCUGAGAUGGAGCUUCAGAAGCAGCAGGACCCGCCACCACCUGCCUUGAUGCACACUCCCAUCCCUCUAGUCUCUGAAAACCCCAAGUAG